AUGUCCAUGCGUGUUGAGGCGAUUUAUACGUAUCCGAUCAAAUCUCUUAGAGGUGUAUCACUUUCUUCAAUAAAUGCCAAGCCCACUGGGUUCGCAUACGACCGUCACUUCAUGCUCUGGGAUGUCAACAAGAAGGAGAACCUCCACAUUGGACUUCGUCCCGCCCUCUGCCUCUUCGCUACCCGACUGACCCCUGAGGACGGCCCCCGAAGCAUAGAGGUUGAAUAUGGCCUGAAUCAUGUCUUUGACCAACCCUCUGAGCAUGUUGACCCGUCUCCCCUAUCAGUACCCCUGGAGCCGGAUGUCAAGAAGUUGCCGCGAGUCACUGUGACGAUGCACUUCAGUCCGUGCUCAGCAUACGAUAUGGGAAGCAAGUAUAACGACUGGUUCACCCAUCGACUGGGAUACCCUGUUAAACUGCUCUACAUAGGAGACCAUCGCAGGAAGGUCUUGGGGAACAUGGGCGAAGGAGUAGCCUACAGGACGACCAAACCGGUUCAUAUCUCGCUGGCCAUCAUUCCAGUGGCCCUGACGCUUGGGUACUCUUUCUAUUCCAAGGGCAAAGCAGGCAGUACCCCUUCAACAAACACAGGUAUCCUGAUUCUUGCCAGCUUCGUCGUCCUCGUGCAGCAACUAAGACGCUGGAUAUGCACAGCAGGGCCAUCGAUCACAUUCGCGGACCUUGCUGCAUAUCUCAUCAUCAGUACCAAGAGCUAUCAGGACGUCAAUGAAAGGCUGCCCGACGAUGAGGAGAUGGACAUUACCAAGUUCCGAGCCAACAUCGUUGUGUCGGGAGCCAACGAAGCCUACGAAGAAGACUUUUGGUCUCAACUGCGAAUUGGCGGCAACACCACCAUGAAACUGACCCAAAACUGCGCCAGGUGUAGUAGUCUCAACGUUGACUACGCCACGGGCAAGGCUGGAAAGACUGAAGCCGGCAAGGUCUUGAAGAAACUAAGUAAAAACAGGAGGGUUGAUCCGGGAACGAAGUGGAGCCCGAUCUUUGGGAGAUAUGGGUUUCUCGCAUCGGCCUCGACGAAAGCUGAAGUAGUUGUCAUCAGUGUUGGAGACGAGGUUGAGGUGACGGGGCGCAAUUUGGAACGCACCAUCACAGAGUAUCCCAAGUCUUAA